AUGGAGCCAGAAGCCUUAGAAAUCUGCCCUUACGACCCUCACCACCGCAUCCCACACAGCAGGUUUCAAUACCACCUGGCAUCGUGCAGGAAAAGGAACCCCAAGAAAGCCAAAAAGAUGGCCAGCUGCAAAUACAAUGCCUGCCACGUGGUCCCCACCAAAAAGCUGGAGGAACACGAGGCAACCUGUGUCAACAGAAGCCCAGUGGAGGAAGAAGACAGCUUAAGCCUUGUGAAAAUUAGCUUUCCAAGGACCAGAGCAGAAGGGAACCACCACAUGUUCGUUCUGAAGACUUUUGUUCUCCAAAAGCUUAUUUGUGAAAGCGACACAAGAGGGUCAGAGAAAGAGGACCAACCCCAUCCCUGA